AUGGGUUCCCUGGGCACCACGACAAACUCUUCAGACAACCAGUUUGCCUCGCAUUCACCCGAGUCGACCAUCGCAGCCGCGCAACAACACCUCCAAGACCAUGGCUGGGCCGUGAUCCCCGACGUGCUCACGCCCGAAGAAAAUUCGCGCGUGCUGUCGCAGUUGUGGGCGGCGGCCGACAAGUUCCGCAAGCUGGGCGACGACACGUACAUGCCGAUGCUGGACCCGAAUGCGGCCAACAUCCGCGUCUUCUACCUCAUGGCACUCGACAAGAUCUUCCGCGACCUGGUCCAGCAUCCCGUCGCGGUGGAGAUGGUCGAGAAGGUGCUGGGCGACAACUGGUUGAUCAGCAACUUCACGGCCAACAUUGCGCGACCCGGGUCCAAGAGCAUGGCCCUGCACAGCGACCAGUCCCUGGUGAUGCCCGAGCCGUGGACGUCGACGUGGGCCCUGAACGUCAUCUGGUGUCUGGAAGACGUCUACCUCGAGAACGGCGCCACGCUCUUCAUCCCCGGCAGCGACAAGUGGACCACCCGCGAGGACAUUCCCUCCAACGCGCGCUCGCUGCUGAAGCCCUUUGAGGCCAAGGCCGGCAGCAUCGUGCUCAUGAACGGCCGCGUCUGGCACACUUCGGGGGCCAAUGUGACCAAGGACAAGGACCGAGCGUUGCUUUUCGGAUACUACACCGUGCCGUUCCUGCGGCAGCAGGUCAAUUGGGCGGCCAAGAUGCCCGAGGACGUCAAGAAGGAACUGUCGCCCGAGUUGACCGAAAGGUUGGGCAUGAACGUGCACGCCAACAUGGCCCAAGUCAGUCUGUUGAAGUAUCUGGACGAGGUGUUUCCGCCGGAAGAACAAAAGGAGGGUGGUGGUGAGAAGUUGAGUUAUUGA